AUGAGUAGUAAUAAUGUCUUAGAGUCCAAAAAUAUAACAGCGGAAAGCACAGAAAGUGACUCAAAUAUAGAAGAUAAAUUCAAUGUUAUCACUGAAGGAAAAGCUAGUAUACUGUUUCCGAAAUCAAAUGAAGUAUUUUACAACCCAGUUCAAGAAUUCAAUCGUGAUUUGUCAAUUGCGGUAAUACGCACCUGGAGCGAAAUUCUACGUGAAGAACGAGAAGAAAAAGCUAAAAAACAAUUGCAAAGGCAAACACCGCCAGCCGGUGAAAGCUCAAACGUUGGGGCUACUAAUGCUGCCGCAAGCAAAGUGGAAUCGAAAUUUUCUUAUACGAUUCUUGAAGCAUUAGCAGCAAGUGGUUUACGUUCGAUUCGCUACGCGAAAGAAUUACCAAAUCUAAAAUACGUAGUCGCCAAUGAUUUAGAUUUAGAAGCGGUGAAUUCAAUCAAGAGAAGUGUACAAUAUAAUGGGCUCAGUGAUGAAUUAGUGCGGACGAGUCAAGGAGAUGCUUGUGAUAUUAUGUAUCAACACCGGAAUCCAUUGAAUCAAUUUGACGCGAUUGAUAUUGAUCCGUAUGGGACCGCGGCCCCCUUUUUGGACGCUGCUGUACAAGCAGUUAAAGAUGGAGGUCUGCUAUGCGUCACUUGCACCGAUGCGGCUGUACUAUGCGGUUCUAAUUAUCCAGAAAAGUGUUAUGCAAAUUACGGCGCAAUACCUGUGAAAGGCGAUUUUUGUCAUGAAAUGGCACUUCGAAUAUUACUUCAUACUUUAACCACAUCAGCAUCUCGUUACCGACGUUACAUUCAUCCUCUUAUUACCCUCAGUAUUGAUUUUUACAUUCGAGUGUUUGUGAGGGUUUUUAGUUCUCCAAUCCAGCAAAACAUCGCUUUUAUACGUCUGCUCUGGAUGUCACACAUUUUAUCUCCAUCCUCUCGCCAAAAAGACCGAGAAAGGGACCUUUGCUCCGAUGACGGGUCCUCCCGUGAACUCCAUUUGUCAUUUUUGCGGGAACAAACUGGGGGUCCGAUAUGGGGUUAUUCAUUACACGAUAAAGAAUUUGUCCGUCGGAUUUUGAAACACAUCAAAGAAUCUAGUACCGAAAAUUAUAAGACUCAUCCUCGCAUGUUUGGUAUGCUUACAGUUGUAUCUGAGGAGAUUGACUCGCCUUUCUAUUACAUCUUAUCAUCCCUUGCGGCAACUGUACACACUACCAAUCCAUCUUUAAAACAAUUUUGUUCGGCAAUUUUGAACAAGGGAUACAAAUUUUCUGCGUCACAUGCGGCUGCUGGUUCAUUAAAAACUGAUGCACCACCAGAAGUGAUUUGGGAUAUUGUUCGUUCAUGGGUUAAAUUACAUCCAGUCAAUUAUAACAAUAUCGCUGCAAAUGCUCCAGGAAGAAAGAUACUGAGUAAUCCACCUAGUUUCGAGGCUGAUUUUACUUUUCACAAAGAUGCAGAUCCUCAAUCAAGGAAGAUUAAGCUGGUACGGUUUCAAAUGAAUCCACAGAAAAAUUGGGGUCCGAAAGCUAGAGCGUCCUCGAAAAGACCAAGGUCUGAUGACGAGGAUGAUCAGGAUGAUCAAAAACACGAAGCAAUCACCAAAAUACCUUCAAGAAAGAAAAUUGCCGAAGAAACACAUAAUUAA